GUAUUUAUUAAUUAAAAGUGUUUAGACCGAACAAAAUUAAAAUUUGAGUUAAAUUAAGACGUAUUUCUAAAGAGACUCUAGAUUUUAAACUUUAAUUAAACCUCGACGACUUUAUAAAGUUAAAAAUUAUUUGCAAAAUAAAUAAAGACGCGGCGACAAGUGUACGGGACAGAUGGGAAAUACAAACUAACGUGAUUUUAAGCGACAAAAUUGAAAAUUUCCAUUUUAAAUAAAUUAGUUUCCGCUUAAAGUGACGGUCGCGUCAAUGUCUGUCUAUUUCCUUUUUCACAUACAUACAUGUAUGUACGCUGAGUAUAGACACCAACAAUUAGAAGAAUUAUCCUGCCUUUGAGGUCUUGUCAUAGUAAUGCUUUAACAAACAACACAUAUUACAUUCCAAAAGAGACGUGACAGAAAAAACGUUUAACACCAACACCUCCGUUAGAUGACCAGAUGACGAGGAAAAGUUUCUUAGAAAAGAAAUCCUCUUAUUCGUUAUUCGGCUCAUUAUAAUGAUGACAUUAUAAAUGUAUUUUUAACACCCCAACAAGAAAGGAAUUUACCACAAACUCAAAAUUGAAAAAAAAGACAAAUUUGCAUUAACACGGCGGUACCUGUACAGCUUAAAUAGCAACAGGUAGCGGAUUUUCGCAGCGCAAUAAAAGCGUUUGGGAUUUAUGAUAGCGCAAAAGGAAAUAACGCUAAAAUUUUCGCUGAUAUUCCCAAACUACCUAAAAGGUAUUUAAGGUUUAUCUUCGCCAACAAACAGCAUCAGUUGAGCAACAACUUUUCACAGGAUAACAACAUUUUGGUUAUUUCAACAAAUUUGAAUUAUUGUGAUAAAAGUUUAUUAAAAAAACAAAAAGGACAUCAAUUACAAAAUGAGUGAUAUUUACGAUUACGCCUAUAUGCAUGUCAUGCGCCAUCAAGUGGAAGUUAAUAAAUAUACCUCGGCUCCCAUAGAUGAUUCAUCAGCAGAAAAUCUAGUCAAUACUGAGGAUUUUUCACCACGAGAUCUGCAAUUGUUCAUGGACAGUCUGGAGACCAUCACACGCUUGGAAAAGGCAAAAUAUGAACGUCGUCAAAGACGUAAGAUUCAAAGUCAUCAGGAAUCCUUUGAAUAUUCGAAAAAGAUCAUCACCUGUUUAGAUUCUUCGCUGGUGGGCUCAUCAUUGGCCGAUGAAGAUGCCAAAAGUACUUAUACCUCUGAAUCUGAUUACAUCUAUGAUGAAACAUAUUUCGGCAUGAGUUCUCAAGGCACCAGCAAUGCCACCUAUAGUAAUCUAACAGUGGACUCUCUGAAAUCAUUUUCCUCCGACUCUGAAGAAUCCGGUGUAUUCCUUAACAAUACCCAAGAUGAUCAUCUCUAUGAAAACAUUGAUCCCAUACGGCCGAGAUCAAAAGUAAUUUCUCAUCCUAAAUGUAAAUCUCUCAAAUCUCGUCUUAUUUCGUUAAUUAUGAAGAAACAAUAUGUACAACCCGAAUCACCGGCCGUUGAUAUGCUCUCCUCCACCACUUAUGGUGAGGACAGUGAAGAAACUGAAAUUUAUGAUCGUGUCCUGGACGAUGUCAUACAGCAUCAAUUCACCAAAAAUCCCAAAAAAGGCAAGCGAAAAUAUCGUUCCUCAUCGAAAAAACAAUCCGAAACCGUUAGCGCUGAAGAAAAGUUCCUGGAUAAAGCCAUGCGUUUCUUAACUUUAUAAAAGUUUGAAAUAACAAGAGAACAGCAAACCUCUAGAUCUUUUGUCAAAUUUCUCGAUCAAAGAUCAAAGUGAUAUUUGAUAAGAAAACUUAGUAAAAUUAGUCUAUAAGUUCUUAAAAGAAUGAAAA